AACUAGGUUAAAAAUAUUUAUUUCUUAAUAACUGAUAACAAUGGUGAAUCAUUAUAUAUCCUGAUUUCAUUAUCAAGAAUUUCUUGAACUUCCCAACCCAGUGUAUAAAUAAAUAUGUGUAGUUAUAAUAUGUAAUUUAUCAUUUAAUUGUAAUGGAUAACAUUGAUAAUAAUUUAAAUGAAGAAUCUUUACAACAAAGAAAUACAAACCCUUCAAGAUUUACGAACUUGCCAUCAAUUAAUUCUGAUGAAAAUGCAGAAAACCCGCUCAUUCCUCCCGAAGAACAAGUAAUAACUUCUUCCGUUAGGAGAAGGGUGCAGGUUACAAAAGAAAAGAUUGAAACAGGCUGUCUCAAUAUUUUAUCAGCAAAAUAUGAGAGUUUGGACUACGACACAUGUGAAAAUUACUUGUUUUUAGAUGAAGAACGAAAAAAGGGUUUUAAAUUUGUUACACGAAAAAGCAUAUCGAGAUGGUUUAUAUUUUUAUUAAUCGGAAUUAUAACUGCUCUUAUAGCGUGUGUGAUUGAUAUAUCUAUAGAAGAAUUAUCUACUAGGAAAUAUGCCACACUCAGUGAUAGUGUGGACAAGUAUGUUAUAGAAGGGAAAUUAUACAUUCCUUUCCUGUUAUGGGUUGCUCUCAAUAUUAUACCUGUCUUCAUUGGUUCCACUUUAGUGUCUUAUGUGGAACCAGUUGCAGGAGGCAGUGGAAUUCCGCAAGUAAAAUGUUAUUUAAAUGGUGUUAAAAUUCCAAGGGUUGUUAGGAUAAAAACGUUAAUCGUGAAAACUGUUGGAGUUAUUCUUUCAGUAGUUGGAGGUUUAGCUGGAGGGAAGGAAGGACCAAUGAUACAUGCUGGUGCAGUUGUGGCUGCUGGUAUAUCUCAAGGUAAAAGUAGUACAUUCAGGAAAGAUUUGGGAAUAUUCAAGUAUUUCAGGGAUGACCAUGAAAAAAGAGAUUUUGUAUCUGGCGGAGCAGCUGCAGGAGUCUCAGCUGCUUUUGGCGCACCCGUAGGCGGUGUGUUAUUCAGCCUAGAGGAAGGUACGAGUUUCUGGAACCAAGGACUGACAUGGAGAACAUUCCUGUCCUCGGUCGUGAGUACUUUCACGCUGAAUGUUGUCCUUUCGACUUACCAUGGUGUCCCGGGUAACCUAAAUUAUCCCGGUCUACUCAACCUGGGAAAAUUCGAAACUUUCAAAUAUCAACUUUACGAGUUGCCCAUUUUCGUACUGAUGGGUGUCCUGGGAGGGUUUUUGGGCGCUUCUUGGAACCAUAUGAAUUACAAACUGGCCGUGUUCAGAAUGAGAUACAUCAAAAAGGGUCACUCAAAAGUUAUUGAAGCUUGUUUGGUGGCUGCUGUUAGCGCUACUAUCGGAUUUCUGAUGAUGUUUUUAAUAAAUGACUGUAAACCUCUGGGACAAGAUCCAACAAAGUAUCCUACACAGCUCUACUGUGAGGACGGUGAGUACAACGUUCUGGCCAGUAUAUGGUUUCAAACCCCAGAAGCCUCUGUCAGGUCCCUCUUUCACGAUCCACCAAAUACCCAUAAUGCACUAUCUCUGGCGAGUUUUGUGUUGGUUUACUACUUCCUCGCUUGCUGGACUUACGGUCUCUCAACAUCUAUUGGUCUUUUCAUCCCGACGCUUCUCACUGGAGCCGCUUGGGGUCGUUUAGUAUCGAUGGGUUUGACCAACAUUUUUCCGGACAGUGCUAUCGCUCAACCUGGAAAGUACGCCUUGAUUGGGGCGGCCGCCCAACUGGGCGGAGUCGUACGAAUGACAAUCAGUUUGACUGUGAUAAUAAUGGAAACGACUGGUGAUAUAUCUUUUGCCCUUCCUCUAAUCAUAACUCUAAUCGCUGCCAAAUGGACGGGGGACUUCUUCAACGAAGGUAUAUACGAUACGUACAUUCAAUUGUCGGGGGUUCCGCUGCUACCUUGGGAACCGCCACCGUUGACACACAAUAUCUAUGCGAGUGAGGUUAUGUCGCAUCCGGUGGUUACCCUGAAAUGCGUGGAGAAUGUUGGACAUAUCGUGGAACUGUUACGUUUAACCUCUUAUAACGGUUUUCCGGUGGUGGAUUCGCCAGUUUCUGAUCAGAUGGAAGUUACUACUUAUGGUAGAAUCAGAGGGCUUAUACUCAGAGAUCAGUUAAUAAUUAUACUUCUGCACAAGAUUUUCAAUGAGACUGCAGACUCCUGGGAUGAAACGAACUUAGAUAUUUUCAGGGAUCAUUACCCAAGAUAUCCAACUGCGAAUGCUCAUCUGGUUACUGAUCAAGAGAAGACAUAUAGCGUUGAUCUUAGACCAUUUAUGAACCCCUCUCCGUAUACAGUGCUCCAUUCUGCGUCCUUGCCGAGAAUGUUCAGGUUAUUCAGAGCAUUGGGUCUGAGGCACUUGCCAAUCGUCAAUGAUACGAAUGAAGUCAUAGGCAUGGUCACGAGAAAAGAUCUUGCAAGAUACAGGGUCUGGCGGCACCAAGGCAGAGUCGGUGUAGAAGAAUUGUUGAUUUCCAAAGAGAUUUAAAGAUGAUAAUAUUUAUUGAAAGUUAUUUUAUUUUUUGAUUCGAAUUAUAGUAAUAUUACUCAAUAUAUAUAUUUUACUUAAA